AUGGCGCCGUCAUCGUCCCUCGUCAAGAAGGCUUCGCCGACGAAGCAACCCCGCGCUCUCCGUUCUUCAAAGCACGCCACCGCUUUGAGCCCCCAGCCCGAGGCGCUCCUUGAUGCUACCCUUCAUUGCGUCCACCACCUUGUGCCCGUGUUGCAGCAGCAGGAAGACGCCGUCGUCGCAACCUCAACGGCACCCAAGCCGAAGCGUGCUACUCCCUCCGACGAGAACCUGGUGGUCCACGCUGGGCAGAAGAUGGGCAGUAUGGUGGGCACAGAUUCCAUCACGACGCCGAUAGUGAGCUGCACGACGCACUGGUUUAAGAACUCGCGCGACCUCAUUGCGUUCAAGGAAGGACGGCGCCACAGCUUUGAGUACGGCCGCUACGGCAACCCCACGGUGAAGGUCCUGGAGGACAAGAUCAGUGCGCUCGAGAGGGCCGAGUCCACGCUGGUCACGUCCUCCGGCAUGAACGCCAUCGUUGCCACGCUGCUCGCGCUAGUGCCACCAGGCGUUGGCCACGUGGUGACCACCGCCGACUGCUACAGCGAGGCGCGUGCCUUCAUCCACGACAAGCUCUCUAGGAUGGGCGUCAAGGUGACAUUCGUCGAGCUGAACGACACGGAGACGCUCAAGGCCGUUCUUGACCAGGGCGACGUGACACUCUUCUACACUGACUCUCCGACGAACCCCCACCUCAAAUGCAUCGACAUUAAGCUUGUUGCGGAGCUGUGUCACCGCCAAGGGUCUCUGGUGUGCAUCGACAGCACCCUCUCCUCGCCCAUCAAUCAGAAGACACUCACCCUCGGGGCCGACAUCGUCGUUCACUCCGCCACAAAGUACAUCGCCGGCCAUCACGACGUCAUCGCAGGAUGCAUCAGUGGCUCCGAUGCACUCAUCUCCAGGAUACGAGUGUGGCAUCACAACAUCGGCGGCGCCAUUAGUCCCGAUGCAGCCUACAUGAUAAUACGCGGCCUCAAGACGAUGGCGCUACGUGUGGAAACGCAGAACCGUACUGCGUUGCGCAUGGCGCGCCUACUCGAGAACCAUCCAAUGAUUGAGCGAGUGUACUAUCCUGGGCUCAACACCAGCCCGUGGCACCACAUCGCCAAGAGCCAGAUGUCCGGUUCUGGCGGCAUCAUCAGCUUCGAGGUGGCAUCGGACCUUCACGGUGUCAUGAGGUUCAUUGAUGCUCUCGAGAUACCCUUCAUCGCGACGUCACUCGGUGGGUGUGAGAGCCUCGUGCAGCAGCCAGCCGUUAUGUCCUUCUGGCCUGCCGUCGACGCCACCAUGGCGCCAAACAGCUCGACCACCCUACGCUCGUCCAUCCAGCCGCAUCCGUCGUCGAUAUGCAGCUGCACCAUGCCGCCACCACUCGUCGUCAAUGACGCGGUAGAUACAAAGCCGCAUCACCUGGCAACCUCCACACCAUCGCCACUGCUGGAGCUACUCGGAGCCCACCAUCCACAACAUCUCUUCCCCGAACAGCAGUUCCUCCCAAGACGGCGCCUCCAUGGAGGAUACGACGCGCAGGACGCCGCCGCCGCCCAAUCCAGACUGAAUUUUGGACUUUCGUCUGGGAGGGGUUUGGGGGUGGAUAGGGGGGGACCGCGGCUUCGCCUCCAGGAAGGGUAA